GCUAAAACUCUCAGAGCUACUCCUCCGGAUUAGGCUCUAUAACUCUGCAAUUUCUCGUUCUUCUAUUUUCUUGUAAUAUUUUCCUUUUUGUGGCGUUUCUGCAAAAUUUGAACUCUCUUUCUUCUCUGAUUUAAGGGUUUCUCUUCCUCACUGUUUGAAAACUGAGCUUGUUUCUCUUCAAUCAUGGCAACUACUUUAAUGGAAGGAAACCAGAAUUUGCAGAAGCUAUUUGAAACUCUAGAGACUGAGAAAAACCUCCUUACUAGUUGCACUGAUCUAUGGAGGAAGGUCGCCAAUCAUUUCUCCUCUCUGGAACGUGACCUGAACCUGAAAUCCCAAACCCUAGACUCGAAGCUUCAAACCCUAGAAACCACAACCAAAGAAACGCUAGGUUCACUGGAUAGAAGAGAGAGCUCCAUUCCCGCCAUUGAAUCAGCUUCCCUUGAUCGAAUCGAGAAGCUUAAAGAAGCUGCUUUCUCUGAUUUUGCCAACGUCAACAAAGGAGAAUUGCCUGAGAAACUCAGGUCCUUUUGUCGAAGAAUGGAUUUGGACGGUCUAUUAAGGUUCUUAAUCUCUCAACGCAAGGAUCUUGCAGCUUUGAAGGCAGAGAUAUCUCAUGCUCUCUCUGAAUGCGUAGACCCAAUAGGAUUUGUAUUAAGAAUCAUGGAAGGCUUUGUUCAUGAGAGUUUGGGUAAAAUUGGGGCUUCGGAUAUGAGGUGGGCUUGUGGUAUGGCUCUGAGGGCAUUAUCACCAGCCAUGGCUCUUAUUGAAUCCAAUGGUGGUUUCAAAUUAGGGUUUCCAGCCAAUGUUAGAGAAAAGGCAUGGGCUAUUGCAGAGGUUUGGAUGGAGAGGAUCGAUGAGGAUUCAAACCCAGCCGAGGUUCAAAUGUUCUUACAAUUUAUUGCUUCUUUUGGGAUUGGAUCGAGGAUCGAGGGUAAAGAACUGAAUGAUUUGGUUAUCACGUUUUCUCAUCGAAGGGAUAUGCCAAAGACUGCCAUUGCAUUAGGAUUUGGCGACAAAAUGGAAGGUAUUAUUGAAGAACUGAUCAGCAAAGGGAAGGAAAUCGAUGCUGUGUACUUUGCUUUAGAGUCGGGCCUAACUGAAAGGUUUGCUCCAAUCCCUCUAAUCAAGGCCUAUCUCAAGAACUCAAGAAGGAAUGCACAGGCCAUCUCGAAGAAUGGCAACAAUUCUGCCUCUACCCCGGAAGAGUCAAAUGCACUAGAACUAAAUGCUCUUCGAUCCGUCAUCAAAUGCAUCGAGGAUAACAAACUCGAACAUGAAUUCCCCAUAGAGAACCUCAAAAAGCGGGUAAUUGAACUCGAAAAGGCCAAAGCUAGCCGAAGAAAGACAGCCAAUAGGCCCAAUCCUAAGCGAUCCCGGGCCUCAACAGGUGGGUCCAGCGCCCUCCCUUCGGGCCGACCAGCCAAGGCCGGUAGGCACACUAACUCCUCUAGGUUUGUUGGGGGCCGCAAUCAAAGCCCAGUUGCCUCCUUAGCUCACUAUCAGGCCCCAAUGGGUGUGCCCAUGGGGCAGCCGGUGCACCAUCAGAGCCCAAUGGGCUCGACUAUGAUCCAUGCGGUUGGGGCCCACCACCAGGGUGCAACGGCCUCAGCUAUGGUACAUGGGGUUGGAGCACAGCACCAGGGCCCAACGGCCCUCACAGCGGGCUAUGGUUAUGAUGUUUCACUGGGACAGGGAGCCCAUGGGCCUCGGAGCCCAGCAAGCUUGGUGCAAAAGUAUGGUGGGUAUGCCAGCACCACAGAGGAUGCCGCUUCGGCUCCUGGUGUUAGGGGUGGUGUAUCAUAUGGAACCGGUGUACCAUAUGGUGCCGAGUAUGGUAGUGGUGCCGGGAAUCCGAUGGGUGGGUACUCAUCGGUUUCAUAUAUGUGAAUUAGGUUGAAAGGGGUUUUUCUUUUCUCUUUUUUUUUUUGUUUUUUUUUGGGUUUCCCUGGGGUGGGCAGGGUGGAGGUUUGGUAAUGUAGGAUCUGAUGGAGAUGAAGUAGUUGGAUAGUAUGUGGGGUUUGUGCAUGAUGGAUGUUUUCUGAUGUUAGUUAUUUUUUUCAUGUUUGUUUCGAAUUAUCAAAAGAUAAAUGUGGUUGAUGCUCAGGUCUCUCUAUUUUUCAUGUUUA